AAAGUAAUUAACUUGGAUCGGCAGAAACUCAGUAAAAUGAAAUUGCUCAUCGUUUUCGUAGCUCUGUUAGUUGUUGCCUUAGGCGCACCAAAUGAUGUUGUCAUUGUAAAAUCGGAAUCGGAUGUGCAACCGGAAUCCUUUCAUUUUGCCGUUGAAACUAGUGAUGGUAAGCAGCAUCAGGAAGAUGGCCAAGUUAAGGAUGUAGGCGGUGAGCAUCCCGCUAUUGUUGUACACGGCAGCUUUAGCUACAAGGACGAGCAUGAUGGCAAAGUUUACACUGUCAACUAUGUUGCUGAUGAACAUGGCUUCCAACCAACAGGUGAACAUCUUCCACAAUUGCCAAAGGUUGUUUAAGUAGUUGUUUUUACUAGUAAUUUGAUUAAAUAUUUGUAAAAUAUGUACUGUUUUUUCUUCGAUUUUGUUACCGUGAAAUAAAUAAUUAUAUGAACAGCAAAAUAAAUUGCAAUAAAUGUAAUAC